CUUCGCUGCACCAGCCACCAUCAACAAGCAACUGGACACCUUGAAGACCGAGGUUCAGUAACUACACCAGCUGCCCAACAAGGAUGGCAACACCGCGCAGCACUACAAGAUGCCGACAUUCCGCAUCGAAAAGUUCGAUGAUUAUACACAUCAAGACCCGGUCCCCUGGUGGGAGGGCUUUACGACGGAACUUCGGAUUCGUUUCGUCCCCGAGCGCUCGUACAUCGGCGCGUUGUUCCUCAACUCAAAGGGCGGAUGCCAGAUCUGGCUUAGCCACCUGGCAACCAUCCACGGUCUCGACGUCGCAGAUCUGCACACAAAGAUUCCUUGGGUAAAUCUGACGAAGCUAUGGAAGAAGCGGCUCAUCGUGGACGACGCCCCGACGCUCGCCGUCAACCGCCUCUUCGCGAUGACGCAAGGCAACACACCGACACGCGUCUGGCUCACGGAAUGGCAAAAGAUCGCGACGACGCCCGAUCUCGAAUUACCAUUUUCGCAUCUGCGCCGAGAGUUCUACAACCACUCAUGUGCCGCCUUGAGCCUUGCACUUGGUGAUCGCGAGCAGUACGCGACCUUCGCCGAAAUCAUCAACAAGGCAAGGGAGAUCAUCAAGACCAAGAGGGCGGCUGCACACGAGAAGUUGGCAUGGCAGCCAACCUAUGUGGAGAAAGGAAAAUUUGGUCCGCGUCCGCAGCAUGUCGCUGCAGUCCACUCAGACAACAUUGUGGAAGACUCGGCAGCCACCCAAACAUCACUUUCACUACCAUCGGCAACCGAUUCGGCAAUUUCGCUGUCAUCUAUCGUCGGGGAUUCGACGACAUGGUCAAGACCUGAAGAGCUCGACCCGUUGACGUUUGCGGACUUCCAAUGGAUGCCCCUUCCCCCGUCCGGUCGAUUGCCGAAACCGCAUUGCAACGUACUCAUGGCGCAAUUGCGGGAUUACUUGCACACUGCAGUACCAACUCCGUUGAUGGACGCCGGAGUAGAGGUUGUCGACCUUCACGCGUACAUUGCGAAGAUCGACCGCGAGUUCAAGACACAACGGUACGACGACAUCGACGCGCCAUUGUUGUACAUACGCAUUCAGAUCGGAGAGGCGACCUGCAACGCUUUGAUCGAUUGCGGAGCUACUUGCAACUACAUGAGCCAAGACUUUAUGGUAUGCGCUGGCCUUGGGCCACGCGUUCGGAGGAAGUCGCAGCUCACGCAAGUCACGUUGACCGACGGUCACACGCACAAGUCAAUCGACCGGUGCAUUGAUGUCGUCCCCGUGUACUUUGCCCCGCAUGCAAGCGAGGCCGUGUCCUUCGAUAUUUUGGACACCAAGUUCGACAUGAUCUUGGGCAUGUCAUGGCUGCAAAGCGAGGACCACCCGGUGAACUUCUACUGCCGCACCGUUCACAUUCGUGAUCGGAACGGAGUACUAGUCUCAUGCACGGUGCCUCCUCCUCACCCUUCGAUCAGUUGCCACACGGUGUCCGCCGCUAGCAUUCGAGCUUCCAUCAUCCGGGAUGACAUCGAGGAGAUGGGGGUGUGUUUUCUCCACGCCCUCCCGCCCCAAGACAUUCCAUCGACGGACUCACCACCGGACCCACGCAUCACCGAGUUUCUCGACGCCUACAGCGACGUGUUCGAAACACCACACGGAGUAGUACCCGAUCGGCCCAUCCGCCACGAGAUCAUCCUCGAGGACGGGGCCGUACCUCCGCGUGGUUGCAUCUACCGCAAGAGCGAGAAAGAGUUAAGUGUGCUAAGGGCACAACUCGACGAUCUUCUCGAGAAAGGCUGGAUUCGGCCUAGCUCUUCGCCAUACGGUGCUCCCGUUCUCUUCGUCCGGAAGAAGAACAAGGAGCUGCGGUUGUGCAUCGAUUAUCGCAAGCUCAAUGAGCAAACCGUCAAGAACGCCGGCCCUCUUCCGCGCAUCGACGACCUCCUCGAACGACUGGGCGGCGCCAAGUUCUUCUCCAAGCUUGACCUCAAAUCGGGAUAUCACCAACUCGAGAUCCGGCAGGAGGACCGCUACAAGACCGCGUUUAAGACGCGAUAUGGAUAUUUCGAAUGGCUGGUUAUGCGUUUUGGUCUUACGAAUGCCCCGGCCACAUUCCAAGCGGCUAUGACAACGGAGUUUCGACACAUGCUGGAUAGAUUCGUAUUCAUCUACCUCGACGACAUCUUGGUGUACAGCCAGAGUUUGGACGAGCAUGUGGAACACCUGCGCACCGUUUUGGAGCGGCUACGACAAGCCAAGUACAAAGCCAACCGCGACAAAUGUGAAUUCGCGCGGCAAGAGUUGGAGUACUUGGGACAUUAUGUGACGCCGCAAGGCAUCCGUCCGCUUGCGGAAAAGAUCGAGGCCAUCCGCGUAUGGCCCGAGCCCACCAACACCACGGGCGUUCGUUCAUUCAUGGGGUUGGCGGGCUACUAUCAAUGCUUCAUCACCGAGUACUCAAGGAUUGCCGCACCUAUGACGAGAUUACAAUCGCCAAAGGUGCCAUUCGUAUUCGAUGACGAUGCACGCCGGUCAUUCCAAGCACUCAAGACGGUCAUGCUCAUGGCACCCGUCCUUAGCAUUUACGACCCCACCCUGCCAACGAGAGUGAUAAUCGACGCUUCCGGCUAUGGCAUUGGGGCAGUCUUGGAACAACACGACGGCGACAACUGGCACCCUGUGGAGUAUUUCAGCCACAAAGUGUCUCCCAUCAAUUCACUUGAUGAUGCAAGGAAGAAGGAGUUGCUCGCGUUCGUGAUGGUUCUCAAGCGAUGGCGACAUUUGCUCCUUGGGAGUCGAAGGUUCACAUGGGUCGCGGACAACAACCCAUUGACCUACUACAAGACGCAGGAUACGGUGAGCAGCACGAUCGGACGAUGGAUGUACUUCAUCGACCAGUUUGAUUUCACACCGAAACAUCUCCUCAGCCUCUCCAAUCGCGCAGCAGAUGCACUCUCGCGCAGACAUGAUCUUUGCGCUAUGACACAUCAUGCUUUCGCAUUUGACGAGGAACUCCAGCGACACUUCAUACGGGGCUAUGAGUUUGAUCCGGAUUUCGCCACGUUGUAUGUGCAACUAUCUUCGGAUCACCAGUCGGCCAGCCACUAUCGCAUCAUCGACGGGUACUUGCUCCUCCACUCGAGAGGCAAGGACUUAUUGUGUGUCCCAAGCGACCGUCGUCUUCGGACUCGCCUUCUCGGUGAGUACCAUGACUCGCGACUCACUAGCCAUUUUGGAAUCAAUCGCACUAUUGCACGACUUCGGCAACGAUUCCGAUGGCCUGACCUCAUUACCGAUGUCACUCGGUAUUGCGACUCUUGUGAAGUUUGCCGGCGAAGCAAGCCCUGCAACCGCAAUCCCUACGCCUACGGCGAGUUGCGCCCGAUGCCUAUCCCACAGGAACCCGGCCUCUCCAUUGCCAUGGACGUCACCGACCCGUUUCCCCGCAACCGGCUCGGGCACGACGACAACCUCACGGUCGUUGACCGUUUGAGUAAGUAUGCGCAAUUUCUUCCUUGCAAGUACUACGCCACGGCGUCCGAACUAGCGCGCCUCCUACACACCAGCCGGAUUUGCAGCCAUGGCGUGCCGGAAGACAUCGUCAGCGACCGCGACACUCGCUUCAUGUCGGCAUUUUGGACUUCUCUCAUGCAGGAAUCUGGCACGAAGAUGAAACCAAGUUCGGCUCGGCAUCCACAAACGGACGGGCAAACGGAGCGGGCACAUCAAACCGCUCAAAUGAUGCUUCGUACGCUCAUCCGUCCGGAUCAGAAGGAUUGGGUUGACCGCCUCCCUGACAUCGAGUUUGCCUACAACGCUUCGUUGCAUCCGGCGAUCGGCGUAACUCCAUUCGAGUUGCACCACGGUGGCCGGAAAGGCCGUAUCCUCGCUGAUCUUCUCCUCCCACGAACAGCCGACAUAGACGCUGCCUGCUCCCCCGCUUCCAUUCGGAAGUAUAGGGAAUUGCUGGCUCAAGCUCGCGCGAACAUGCAAAAGGCUCAAGUCCACAUGCAGCAGCAAGCCAACAGGCAUCGCGUGCCAUGUCCCAUCCGCGCCGGUGAUCUGGUGUGGGUCUCCGCGGAAGAGUUUGCACUCGAACAGGAUGUUUCACGCAAACUGCUUCCCAAGUGGUUUGGACCAUGGCCAGUAACAUCAUCCGCGGGCGAUGAGCCCGAUGGCCCCUCAUUUGUGAUCAACAUUCCCCCGCAUCGGAUGGUCCUUCCAGUCUUUCACGCCUCGAAGUUGGCAGCAUAUACACCAGCCAAGAGCGACGACUUCCCGGUUAUACUCCAGCAAGUUCCAACGGCGAUGGUAAAGGGACGAUGUUAUGAUGACGUGACAACAGUCCUCAACAGGUUUGCCAGCACUAAUCGGCAAGCCAACAAACAGUUCCUCAUCACAAGGAUUGACAAAACCUCGCUCGCAGACCUAACGUGGUUUUUGAAACGAUUUCAGACUGUCAGCCUUAAGUUGGAGCAGUAUCUGGCGCCGACAAUUCACCUUGUGGUAUUCGAGCGCAGUGCUCUCUUAAAGUACUGCAAACCGCGUAACGAGCCAUACAGUGGUGAGGAUGCCGAGGGUAACAAGUUCACCAUUCCAUCAUAUUUCGAUGACAUUUUAGCCAUCAAGAUGUUGCUCAAGGAUGUGUUGCAGGAGAAGUGGAUAUUGGAGGACCUUCAUAUUGCUGCAGCUUUACUCGAUCCUCGACAAAAUGACAGGUUGAACCGUUUUGGUUUGUCAGAAUCCCAGGUUGAGCGAGGCAAGAUCUGUUUGUAAGGCUUCAUGUACAAUGUCAAAGACUCAAGCGUUGAGGCAAGUGAUGAACCUUCCGCAGCGGUGGGGAAGCGACCAGCAAAGCGGAGGAAGAAAGUACACACGAAAGAGGUCCCUGACGAGUUAACAUUGUGCAGUACGGACGAAGACAAGGAGGAGGACCUGCCCAUCGCUCACAGCAGACCCUUGACGUUGGCGCAACGCAUAAAAAAAGAGAUAAAAUUCUACUUCAGCU